AUGGCCCAUGUCGCACUCCAGAAACUAUUCUUCUUUCGAUUCGGUUCAGCAGUGAUCAAUUCGUUGCGAGCACAUCAAUAUUCCAGACUGUUAUCUACCACUGCAAGAAGAGGUGUAAAGUUAAGUACGCAACUAACGGUUGAUGAGCUCGCGACUGUUAAAAUCAAUCCGGAAAGGCUAUGGAAUACUCUUCAUGAGACUUGUCAAUGGGGACAGGGCCAGAGAUGGGGGAAAGGUGAAACAGACGUUGGAAUGUCUCGUCUUGCAUUGUCAGACGCAGACAAACAAGUUCGCGACUGGUUUGUCGAGACAACCAAAGGCCUGGGAUGCCAUGUCAGCGUGGAUGAAAUGGGGAAUAUUUUUGCCGUAAGACCUGGGAGAAAGCCUGGCCCCCCUACCUAUGCCGGAAGUCAUCUAGAUACCCAGGCAAAAAAUAAGCCAACGGGUGGACGAUAUGAUGGAAUUCUCGGAAUACAUGCCGGUAUAGAGGCCCUGAAGACUAUGAAUGAUCACGAUAUCGAGACGGAAUUCAGCACAGGAGUAAUCAACUGGACGAACGAAGAGGGAGCCCGUUUUCCACAACUUAUGGUCGCUUCAGGAGUAUGGGCGGGCCUUAUUCCCCUUGAAAGAGCACAUAGUCUCGGUGAAGUCAGCGGCGGCACAGCAACCCAAAAAAGUGAACUAGAACGAAUCGGAUACCACGGAUCUGUGAGGGCAAGUCACAAAACAAACCCAAUAGGCGCUCAUUUCGAGCUUCAUAUUGAACAAGGUCAAAUCCUUGAGAGUUCGAAGGCUAGAAUUGGCGUGGUGGAGGGUGUUCAGGCAUAUAGAUGGUAUACCAUCACCGUGACGGGAAGAGAUUGCCAUACCGGGACGACAGAUUUCCAAAGCCGAUCUGAUGCUUUGCUAACAGCGGCGAAGUUGAUACUGCAUAGCCACAACAAGGCCACAGAGUUAGGUUGCCUAGCGUCGACGGGAAUCUUGACCCUGGAACCAGGAUCAACGAAUACAGUACCGGGGGUGGUUCGGUUUUCACUCGACAUGAGUUCUAAAGAAGACCAAAAGCUCAGGGCACUUGAAGACUCACUGAAAAGCGACUUCGCCAAGAUUGCAGCUGGUGAAGAUAUCGGUGGUGUUAACGCGCUUGGUACGAGAGGUAAAGGAUGUAGCGUGGAGUGGGUAACAGAUGCCGACUCUCCCUCGGUCAAAUUCCAUGCAGACUGUAUAGCAUGUGUGGAGGAGAGUGCAAAUAACAUACUUGAUGCGAGAUCUGACGAUCAGGUACUAAGGAUGACAUCUGGUGCUGGACACGAUAGUGUUAAUGUGUCGAUACGCGCUCCAACAGCAAUGUAA